AUGGAUAAAUACAGAGUAGACUAGUCCAAUGACCCACAGGCGUAUAAUUUUGAAAAUUACGCCACAUUUUUCGACAAAGCCAAAAUAGAGUAAAGAUAAAAUCAUUUUAAUAAGAGUAGAGGAUAAACUUUUCAAAAUAAGAUCAACCCUCUUGAUAUCUCAUUGUAGCAGUAUGAGGAAUUUUAGAACACUAAUGGAGAGUUUCAAAAUGAGGAAAUAUAAAGUGACUUAUAAAUUUAUCACAAAAAAUAUGGCGAUAACAAGGAUAAUAUACUUAUCGAUAAUCAGUAACUCAAUAAGUUUACUAAUGGCAAACAAAGUCAUUCAAUUAUUGAAAAAUAUUCAAACUAAGACUCAUAUAAGGAAAGGUAAACAACAGAACCUACAAGGUAGAGUUUAAUUAAUGAGACAUCGGAUUUUAAUCCUAUUGAAGAAAUUGGAGACAGCGAAAACACAUCAAUAAUAAUUUAGUAAUAACAAGUAGCCAUCAAUAAGACUAACCCUACAAUUAAAUUGAAACCAAAUAAAUCAAUAGAGCAAAAAGUUCUGCAAUAGAAAAGCAGAGACUAUAAAACAUGA